AUGGAGUACGGGUACCUGAGCGGCGCCGGCGGUGGUUUCGAGGGAGGUUGUCUUGGUUCGGGCGGCGGUGAACUGUCUUGGGGAGAGCUGGCGUCAUGCGGUCAGAUGUCUCAGGCGGCUUAUAGAUACCAGGGUAUGCGGUACCAGCCACCACCGCCACAGUGCGCGAGACCACAGGAUGCUGCCAUGAGGAAUCACCACAUAUUUCCACCCUCCAUGAAUUUACAACCUGGCCUACCCUACAAGGUGUACGGCGGUCAUGAAGGGUCCCUGACAGAAAAGCGUAAGCAACGUCGGAUCCGAACUACAUUUACAUCAGCACAGCUUAAGGAGCUAGAAAGAGCCUUCCAAGAAACUCAUUACCCCGACAUAUAUACUAGAGAAGAAAUCGCCAUGAAAAUUGAUCUAACUGAAGCGAGAGUUCAGAUCCACGACGUGUGCGGUGUUCUUCGUGAAUGUUUAAUGCAAUUCGGAAUCGGGCGAAACUGGUUUGCAACAGUCUUAUAG